CGUACUAGGCUACAAACCUGGCGCUACUACUUAAUUGGCACCAUCGAUCCUACCUGAGCAGAGCCAGGACAUUCUAGCCACCCACCACUGGUUAGUUCUGCCAUGGAUCUUGACCACAACAGAGAGAGCACUGGCGACGAGAUGGUUGGCGUCAUCGCGAGCUGCGGUCUGCUGUUCCACUCGCUCCUCGCCAGGCUCGGGCGUGGCGCCGCCGGGUUCGCCGGGAAGGUGCGCGAGAUCGCCAGGGAGGACCCGCGGCGAGUGACGCACUCGCUCAAGGUCGGCCUGGCGCUCGCGCUGGUGUCCGUCGUCUACUUCGUCACGCCGCUCUUCAACGGACUAGGGGAAUCCACCAUGUGGGCCGUGCUCACCGUCGUCGUCGUCAUGGAGUACACCGUCGGAGCCACGCUGAGCAAAGGUUUGAACAGAGGUUUCGCCACCCUGGUAGCCGCCUGCAUCGCCGUCGGAGCUCAUCAGCUAGCCGAAUUAGCUGAACGCUUUGGUGUACAGGGGGAACCCAUAUCGCUCACAGUGUUCGUCUUCAUCAUAGCAUCGGCGGCGACGUUCUUGCGAUUCAUCCCAGAGAUCAAGGCCAAGUACGACUAUGGCGUGACCAUCUUCAUACUCACCUUCAGCCUGGUGGCUGUGUCAAGCUACCGCGUCGAGGAGCUCAUCCAACUCGCGCAUGAUCGCUUCUAUACAAUCAUCGUCGGCGUCGUCAUCUGCCUCCUUACCACCGUCUUCGUCUUCCCCGUCUGGGCCGGCGAGGGCGUCCACAAGCUAGCCGUCGGCAACCUCGACAAACUGGCUCAGUUCUUCGAAGGAAUGGAAUCCGAAUGCUUUGGCAAAAGCACAGGCACAGAUAAUUUGGAAGGAAAAGAUUUCCUUCAAGAAUACAAGAGUGUUCUUAAUUCGAAGGCCACCGAGGACUCUCUAUGCACCUUUGCGAAAUGGGAGCCUCGUCAUGGGAAAUUCAGAUUUCGACACCCAUGGAGCCAGUACCAGAAGCUCGGAACUCUGAGUCGGCAGUGCGCAUCUUCAAUGGAGGCUCUUGCUUCGUAUGUCAUCACGACCACAAAAACUCAGUACCCUGCAGCAGCCAGCCCAGAUCUCUCCUCCAAGGUUCGAAAAACAUGCGGCGAAAUGAGCUCGCAUUCCGCCAAGGCGCUCAGGCAGCUCGCGACGGCAACUGAAACCAUGACCGUGCCGCCUCCGGCGAACCUCGCCGUGUCCGCGGCCAUGAAAGCAGCGGAAGGCCUCAGACUCGAGCUUGCGGAGAACGCGGCUAUGCUGCAGGUGAUGCACGUUGCCGUCACCGCGUCGCUUCUCGCGGACUUGGUUGCUCAGGUGAAGGAAAUCGCGGACUGCGUGGAUGUCCUGGCAAGAGAAGCACACUUCAAGAACCCUAAGGACGAACGGAGAGACGUUGCCCACGUGGAUACCUUGAGUCGAGGGAGAAGCGGUCCUUUGCCGGACGUUGUUGUUCAGUGUCCAGAGUAAACCCGUGUCGAGAGCAUCGGUAAGGGAUGAUAUGGCUAUAUGGUGCAGAUC